CAGAGCUGAAGGUGAAGUGGGUGAAGUGUUGACUCUCAGUCCAAAAUGUCAUCCAGUGGACUUUUAACCUUGCGCACGCAAUUUUGCAAACGCCUGGCUCACAGGUACCUGGCAAGGACCUACACGUCUCGCCCGUCGCUCAAUGAGGUCGUCAUCGUCAGUGCGGCGCGCACUCCAAUGGGCUCGUUCAGAGGCAGCCUGGCGGCGGUGCCAGCCACCAGGCUGGGCUCCAUUGCCAUCAAGGGAGCCAUAGACCAAGCAGGAAUCGCUCCAGAGGAGGUGAAGGAAGUCUACAUGGGCAACGUGCUUCAGGCAGGAGAAGGGCAGGCGCCCACAAGACAAGCCUUGCUCGGAGCAGGCUUGACUCUUGGCACUCCAGCAACCACCAUCAACAAAGUCUGUGCCUCCGGGAUGAAGUCCAUCAUGCUGGCAGCCCAGAGUCUAAUGUGUGGACACCAGGACGUGAUGGUGGCAGGAGGCAUGGAGAGCAUGUCCAACGUACCUUACGUGAUGACCAGAGAUACCCCGGCCUACGGAGGUGUAAUGGUGGAAGACCUCAUUGUCAAGGAUGGACUCACUGACGUCUAUAACAAAUUCCACAUGGGCAACUGUGCAGAGAACACAGCCAAGAACAGCAGCAUCACCAGGGAGGAGCAGGACGCCUACGCCAUCGGCUCGUACAGCCGCAGCAAAGAGGCGUUCAUGUCCGGCGUGCUGGCCAAGGAGAUCGUGCCGGUCAGCAUUCCCCAGAGAGGCAAACCUGAUGUGGUCGUGUCCGAGGAUGAAGAGUGGAGGCGGGUCGACUUCAGCAAAGUUCCCAAACUGAGGGCUGUGUUCCAGAAAGAGAAUGGCACCGUGACGGCGGCAAACGCCAGCACGCUGAACGACGGAGCAGCCGCGCUCGUUUUAAUGACGGCCGAUGCUGCACAGAGACUCAACGUCACGCCACUGGCAAGGAUUGUCUCUUUUGCUGAUGCUGCUGUUGCACCCAUUGAUUUCCCCAUUGCUCCUGCAUUCGCUAUCCCAAAGGUCCUGGCUGCAGCAGGGUUGAAGAAGGAGGAUAUCACCAUGUGGGAGAUCAAUGAAGCCUUCAGCGUGGUCGUGCUGGCCAACAUCAAGAUGUUGGGCAUCGACCCCGCGAAAGUCAAUGUGAACGGUGGAGCCGUGUCACUGGGACACCCCAUCGGGAUGUCUGGGGCGAGAAUUGUGGGUCACAUGGCGCACAACCUCAAGUCGGGCCAGUACGGACUGGCGAGCAUCUGCAAUGGAGGAGGUGGAGCGUCGUGUAUUCUGAUCCAGAAAUUGUAGGAUUUUUAAAGUGGGGACUUCUCUCUCCCUGAAACACCAUCUGUGUUCACUCGCUGUCGACUCCAAAUGGCGUCUGUAAACUCGCCUUUUUACUGUGAAGAGCACUCCUGUUACAACCGUACCGCCGGUGGCCUUCCACAAGCCGCCAAGUAGGACUCCACUUUCCACACAUGACACCACGACUCCAGUGUUUAUAACACUCCUUUGUUCAAUGAAACAACAUUUAUUUAUAUUUAACUCUGAAUUUAAAUGAAAUAAAUAGUUUUUAUGAAACCA